AUGAAGACAGAUUCGGAAAUUGGAUUUGGGAUAUCUUCCUUUCUACGUCUCAAUCUCAGCGUCAAUUUCAGCGUCAAUUUCAGCGUCAAUUUCAGCCUCAAUCUCUCCCUCCUCGGUAUUCUCCUCAUAUUCUUCACUUCCCAACUUCUCCUCGCCCUCUUCCACCAUACACUCCAUGCGUACACAUACCCCCUCUUCCCCCUCCUCUGCAUCUUCUCCAUCGCACUCCCCACUUCCCCUGCAAACUCCCGGCACCGGAAUCUUCUUCCACACAUAUUCACUGGACUCUGCUGUCUUGAAGGGGGGUGGGAGUGGUGGGAGUUGAACAUGGAAGUUGGACGCUGGACGCUGGACGCUGGACGCUGGACGCUGGACGCUGGACGCUGGACGCUGGACGCUGGACGUUCCUCACUCGUCGCAGGAGCUCGCUGGGCUUUGCAUCGAGGCGUAAGAGCUUCUGGCCCUGGGGCUGGCAUUUCUGAAGCCGAUAGUGUGCUUUGGAGGGUGGAGCCUGGUUUGCUGCGAACCCUCUACCGAACUGCAUCCGUGCCUUGUGAUGGCUAUGGGGCCGAGAUGGAAUCGGGGGAUCUGUUCGAUAGAUCGCUACUUACUACGUAG